AUGUCUGUAUUAUUCCGAAGUUUUAUAAAUAAAGGAAGGAAAAAUUUAUUCAAGAAAUUAUUAAACUCCACCCAAUCUACAUGUAGAUGUGUCUUUUUUCGUAAAUAUUCAGGCAGUGAAAAGAAAUUUGUGUCAUUUGAUGAAAUUGUGUCCCAGAGGAGAAGUGAAGCUAAACGGAGUAUCGUUGUACAAGUCAAUUCGCAGGCUUCGUUCAAGGAACUAUACGGUUACUGCUCAAAGUAUGCUACCAUCAAAGAUGUGCAUCACUACAAAAAUAAUAACGACGAGCACUUCAUGCUUAUUGAAUUUGGGUCGGAGGAAAGCUUACAGGAUGUAUUACGGUCAUGCAGUACACAUCAGAAAGACCUGGACACAAUGGCAAAUAACUCCCCGUUCCUAUGGUUUCGUACAGCUAAUGGGAAAACUGAAAGCUAUGCAACCCCCACCACAGUGCUGGCAUCUAUUAAUGGAAUUGAACAAGUGAAUGAGGACAAACUGUUCAAGGAGCUAGUGGAUUGUGAAACUGUAUCAGAUCAAAUACAGUUGUUGUAUGACAGAACUAGGCUGAAUGAUUUGGGGGUCCGGCUGAGGUAUAUGGUGGCUAGGCAGAUUGAAUGUAUGCUAGAAAGCCUCUACGCAAAUGUAGCUGUGAGACCAUUUGGCUCAUCCAUCAAUGGUUUUGGAAAAAUGGGAUGUGAUUUGGACCUUGUUUUGACCAAUACACUAACUGAUGAAAUGACGAAGGCGGGGUCCCGGCUGGUGUUCCAGUCGGCGCGCGUGGAGGGGGGGCGCGCGCCGUGGGCGCGGCACAUGCAGGCGCUGGGCGAGCUGCUGGAGCUGCGCGCGGCGGGCGCGGCGCGCGUGCAGCGCAUACUCAACGCGCGCGUGCCCAUCGUCAAGUUCGCGCACCACUACACCGACCUCGAGUGCGAUCUCUGCUACAAUAACAUGUCAGGGGUGUACAUGUCAGAGUUGCUCUGGUUGUUCGGUUCCCUGGACGACAGAGUACGUCCGUUGACAUUCGCGGUGCGUCGCUGGGCGCGUGCCGUGGGUCUCACAAACCCACACCCAGGACGAUGGAUCACCAACUUCCCUCUGACACUGAUGGUGCUAUUCUUUCUACAGCAGAAAACUAACGACGGACAUGUGCUGCCAACUUUGAAAAAUCUUGUGAGGAGAGCUGGUAAAGAAGAUAUUCGAAUAGCAGAAGAGAAUCUCAACUGCACAUUCCUGCGCGACAUGAACAAGCUGCCGCCGGAGUGCUACGCCCAGAACAAGGCCAACCUGCAGACGUUACUGCUGCAGUUCUUCGAGUUCUAUUCACAGUUCGAUUUCCAAGAUAAAGCGAUAUCUAUCAACGAAGGCAUUUCUGUCAGGAAACCGAACUCCUUGCCUUUAUACAUCGUGAACCCGCUAGAGCAGGCGCUCAAUGUUAGUAGAAAUGUCAGCUUCGAAGAAUGUGAACGACUCAAAGCUGAAGUGAGGAAUGCCGCGUGGCAGCUCGAGGCCGGCAUGGACAAGCAGAAGGGAGACGACUGGGGCCUGCUCGGCCUUGUGGAGAAGAAAACUACGCGAGGACUGAAGAAAUUACUCCGUGUCGGAAACUCCCAUAGACUAGUCUCAGUAAAGGAUCUAUUUAACGAUACAGACGAUAGAAUUCCAGAAGACAGUGUGAAGAGUAAAGUUGAAAGAUUAAUACCUAAGACUACUCAGGAAGUAGAAAAAAGUGUGAAAGAGAUGAAAGAUAGUUUUGUGAAAGAGAAAAAGCCACAGAAAUUGAAAUUUAAAAAUAGUGCAUUAGCUAGCGAAGUGUUCCGAAUACGGAGAGACAAAAUUGUGUGA